GUUGUCCGCGUUUAUUUUUUUUCCACUCAUGGAUCUUGCUUAUGUUACUUCAAUAGAUUGUCCAGCGGUAUUUGAUAGUUCAGUUGAUAAUUUUUUUACCGCUGAUGUGACUAUCAAUAAUUCAAGCGAGCUUGUUCAUUCUGCACAAAUAAUUUUUCGCGGCUAUGUUUGUAAAGGCGACGCUCUUCAUUAUGAAUUUCUUCAUGAGCAACAAUGGGUUCUCGUAGAGCCAGGAGUUGAAUCACCCUUACGAGCAGCAAUCGAUGUUUGGCUGCCAAGAUUUCCUCCCUCUAUGAAAUUCCCAGAUGGAAGUGAAAUUAUCUACUGUGUACGUGCUUCUGUCGCUCCGUGGCACGAAAACAACUAUGUGGAGAAAAUAUUCGAAGUUCGAAGAUCAUUAAUUUUAAAAAUGCCGCACGAAGCGUGUUAUCCGGUGGAGCACAUGGUUAAUAAGUGUGUCGAGCAUGGAAGUAUUCUUCACAAGAAAUGCGAUCCGAUCAAUGGCCGAAUUUUUCUCGAAAAGACGGCUUUUUGUCAUAAUGAAGAAAUUAUAGUUGGAUGGGAAUUAAACACUGAGAAAUCCGUGAUUGAGCAUUUUACGUGUAAGUUGGCCCAAUUGGUGGAAGUCCGCGAGAGUCAUCCUAGCAACUAUUUGGCCACCAGACGUUUUGUGAAAUUUUUGAAAGAGCAGAAGUCGACCGCAAACACAUCUAUCUCACUUGUGGUCCCACCAGAGAGUCUAAUAUCGAUUUCCAUGUCCCUAUGGAAUGUUCUCGUUGUAAAACAUGAAAUUGUUUUGGAAAUUAAAAUGCAGAAAAGAAAGAAACCAGUUAUAUUCAAGUACCCUAUCAUUAUAUGUAAUGAGGAAGUUGCUAAACACAAACGUCCACGAGAAGCGGUUCCUGUUUUCAAAAGGGUACAAGAUGUAGAUGACGACUCAGAUGACGACGAUGAUUACGACUCGGAGGAUGAAGAGGAAGAAACAUCAAAUAGAGAUUAUUCUGUUGACAUAGAGAAGCUUUCAGUCACAAACGUCACCCAAUCAGAAAAAAAGCCACUGGAACGCGCAGAUGUAGAAGUAACAUUCAUUAUGAACAGUGUUGAACCAAAGGAGUUAAGGUCUCUUCGACUUAUUCUUACCGGUGAAGUGAGAGUGGGAGGUCUUUGGUAUGAAUUUCUAAGAUUCAAGGCUAUAGCAAACUUAUCACAUGAAACCCUAUUGUCACCAGGAGAGCAUAACUUUCGGUUUCAACUCCCAUUUGCGGAUUCCCAGUAUGACACCUCAAUUCUUCCGCCAACAUUAGGAGAUGAAAUCAAGUACAUGAUUCACGCGAGUACAGUGAGCUUACCAAAAAAUUUUUUCCAACAACAGUGUGAGCUUCUCGUUGACCGUUUUAUUGACACGUGGGCUAAGGAAGCGUACAAGCCACCCUACACAGAAGAGUAUGGAGCAACCAAAAUUCAUCUAUCUCAGCGAUGCUUCAAGCGUGGAAAGCAUGUAAUAGUUGCUUUGCAGGGCAGCGAGCCCCGUUACGUCAAGGGCACACUGGUGCAGAAGAAAAGACUACGCGUGCCUAAUGUGAAACUUGAUGAAAGCUAUUGCAGUCAACGAAACGUACGAAUUUUCGAAGAAAAUAUUCAUAGGAAAGAUCAUAUCCAUGUUAUGCACAUCCCGUUCAAUAUUCCACCAAGCAUUGAAAUCUGUUACUGGAACGUCCUCCAAAUCGAAUAUCACUAUGAAGUCGAAAUAACAUUAGAAGGUGGCCACACUCAUAAUCAUUCAAUUCCUAUUUGGAUAGGAUGCACAGAAGAUAAUCUCUCAGUGCCAGCUCAACAAGAGGAGGUAAUACCCAAACAUUCACUGAUCGUGGAUGAGCCAUUUGAAGAGCUUCCCGAGUUUGAAGUAGUGCUUGAAGAUGAUAUACAUGAGCACCCCUAUUGGGUCGAGCGGAUUAACACAGACACAUAUUAUCAGAAUUGAAUGUUUCUUAUCCGAAAUAUUAAUGUAUCAUAAAUCGUUCACUUA